CUUUGUAGCAUGGAAUCCACCGUCCUACUCGAUCCAGCAAGGGAUCCAGCAAGACCGCCGCGUCGUGCAGUAACCUCCACGUGUUGUAUGCUUCAUGGACUCACGGGUAUCGCUAGCUUGCAUUGCCGGCGUGCUUGAUCGGUCUUGUCGCAGCAUGUACUGUGGCAUCCCUCGUGUCAGUGCACACUGUCACUCUUCGUCCCACCGCCACGAAUGGAGGUCGACGCUCCAGGCAGGCCAUGUCGCUCUCGGACCCCGAAACAUCCACCAUGGCAUUCUCACUCCUUGCUGUUGGGGACUGGGGGGGCACUCUGGGAAAAGACAAAGGCGUCCCUGGCACUUGUUGCAAGUUGUACAACGGGGCGAUUGACUUCAACAAUCCACGGUACAAGGUUGAUUUUUACGCUCAAGAAUACAUUGCAACGCUGUUGGCAACGUCUGCGGUCGAGCUGAAACCGCAACGUAUCCUCAGCCAUGGCGACAACUUCUACUUGAGUGGCGUCAGCACCGCCGAUGCCAAGUACAGGAUCGAGCAGUCGUUUGAAAACGUGUACAACGCGCCAUCCCUCGAGAACGUCCCGUGGCUGAAUGUGGCGGGCAACCAUGAUUUGGGCGGGAACGCAUUCAUUUGUGGGGAUGCCGACGGCCACUUCCGCGAAUGCGCAUCUGUGGACGAGCUGUUGCGGUACUUGGACAUUCGAUUCGAAGCUCAGGCGAAUUACACAAGCCCGCGGCACAACCGAUGGGUGCUGCGGGACCACUACUACGUUGACCGUGUGGCCAAGCAUGGUACGAGCGUCGAUAUCUUCAACUUGGACACCAACCACGCCGACCACCACGGAGCCAAAGAUGUGUGCUGUCAAUGCUUUGGGUACUCUGCCAAGUUUGGACUGAACCAGAGCCUCUGCGACGACGCGCAGCGCGGCGACCUCGUCUGCUUGGGUGGUGAUGUCGCCAUGUUUGACGAAUGUGUGGCCAAGAUUGAAACUUGGGCGAGUGAAUCCUACACACGUGCCAUGCAGGAUAUCAAGGCGUCCACAGCAACAUUCAAGAUAGUCAACACGCACUACUCCCCUCAUUAUCACAUGAACCGAACCAAGAUGAUGCAGUGGUACGCAUUGUGUCGAGAAGCAGGUGUGACGGCGUGGUUCAACGGGCACACCCAUGGAUUCAGCCAUGACGUGGCAGAGUGGGGCACGCAUUUCUUUUUGAAUGGCGGUGGCGGCGGCUACUGGACGCGCAACUUGCCAGGCAUCAAUAAUGGGCUUGUCAAGAAUCAGUGGCGCGUGGAGGGUAACCCGUACGGCUUCAUGGAGCUGAUCGUGUCGAAAGAUUGGCUGCAAGUUCGGUUUGCCACAUUUGACGACCAGUGGACGUUUGGCGGGCUGGACCGCCAGUCGACAGUCGUGGGCGGGCUCCAACGAGGACAUUGCUGGUUCAUUCCGAGAACCCAUCAAGCGUCGAGUGGCAUCGAGUGCAAAGGCUCAAUAAAUGGAGCUGUUGGCGCUCCCAUGGAAGCGUAACAAUGUGUAAACAAACCGAUCCAAUCGACCUUAC